AUGCCUCUCUACAAGUACGGCAUCGUAAUUACUCAAAUUGAGAAGAAUGACAGAACGAAGUGGAAAGUCGCCAUGUUCGAUGGAUCAGUUGAGUUUCACGGACGCGAAGAUAUAGAAGAUACAAUAUUCAACUUUCCGCCGGAGCCAGGCGUGUCUGUGAAAGUGAAAUUUGAAAACGAGGAAGACGAGAUGCCAGUGGCAGUUUCAAAAUGCACUGAAUUUGAAUGGAUCCGUGACGUAGAAGUUGUCGAUUCAAAAGCAGUGAUCUUCGCGAUUGUAAAUUUAACUCAAGAAUGUCUCAAGCAAGUCCAUUACGAGAAGGACACUGAUAUUCCAUAUUAUAUCAUUCAAAAUAACGAUACAGAUUUUCGUAGGAUCGCUAUUCCAAAAGUGUUGUUAGAUGAAGAACUGGCGAAAAGGACCUAUUUGCAAAGACAGAAUGAGCCUUUCAUUUAUCGCGUCGGAGUUUGCUGGGAUCCAUUCGUACUCAAGGGGGAAAAUACAAUCCAUUGGCGAUGCUAUGCAGAUUUCCCCAUGGUUCCUAUUUUCGAACUUUAUUAUAGAGAAAUGACAUUGCCAUAUAUCUCCGAAUCCAUGAUUUACGGUGUCCUUGAGGGAAUUGUCAUCGCUGAAAAUAGUAUGGGAGUUUUGUACUGGACUAGCGGAAUGGGAUGCGCUGUUUUGUCGAAUGCCACACUUGGUUCAGAUCUGCCCCCACUUGGAACAGUCAAUUAUGUUUUAGUCAAACGAUGCCUCAAAGAAAGCUCAUUCGGGUUUCCGUGUUUCUACGAGCUGCUCCCGGACACAAGACCGCAUGGCUGGGAAAGACUGAAAAUUAUCGUUGAUAAAAAACACGGAUGUAUCUAUGUAAGUCAAGUUCUUCUGAAGAGUGCUGCAAUAUUCCAACAUCAUCAGAUUGAAGCCCGUUGUGAGGUUGUUCAAAUGUUUGAACGUGAUGGUGAUGAGCCGAUACUCGGCAUGCACGUUCCUCACCUCGGAACGGUUCAUCGAGGAUUACAACCGUUUUUGGCCCGAAUAUCUAAAGGAGAUAAGUGUGAUCUUCGUAUCGAGUUCCAAAAAGAAUGUGGCUCCUAUGUGCCAGUUGUUCGCGAUAUUUGUACAGUUCAAGAUCAGUUUGUGAAAUGCCGAAUCGUUCAUAUUUCCGACGAAAUGCAAACAUACUUCGCGGUGCCGGAACCGAAUCAAGAGUAUUUUCAAAGAAUCAAGGAAGUAAUCGACUUUAUUGCAAUCCCAUUCCGAGUUAUGUUCUGCUCAAAAGGUUUGAUUGUCGAAAAAGAAGAGUUAUUGAUGAACUGUUAUACUGUUCAAAUUAGAUCUGUUAGCAAAGACCAUAGCUUUGCGGAAGCCGUAUACGUUCAGGAAGUCCUCCGUUUUUCAAAAGAUCCAGCUUACGCUCUGUUCAAUGGAACCGUUUGGUUGCGAGAGAUGGUUACCAUUCGAAGCUCAGAUGACGGAAAUAUCGAAAUGCUCUCCAACCGACUGUGUCAGAUUGUUCAUGAUCUCAGUCGUCUCACAGAAGGAAAACCUGUUGGAACAAUCAUCGCCAUUCAAGCUCAAUUUGUGCUAUUUCAAGGAACUAUCCCCGUAUUUUGGGUUCGCAGCGUUGCCCCCACCGUUCAUCAACUUCCAAGAAUAACUCUCAGUUUGGUUACUAUACAGUCAUCUGUAGAGAAUACUCCAUCAGAACAAAAUGCCGUUUUUUCACAGCUUUCUUCCCAUUUCAGUCGCUCCACGGCUGCUAGCGAAAUUCCUGAUUUGCCAAGUGAAUCCUGUAAAGAAUUAGAAAAACGAAGAGGCCGUAGCACUAGUCAAUGUUCGAAUAACACUCUGACUCCCGACGAUGUGAUUGCCACGGAGUCGUGGCUCGCUUCUUCUGCUUCCUCUAUGGAUACGUUUAUACUAGACUCACGAGAUGUUACUAUGGAUGAUGAAGGACAAGUAAUCACGGAAUCUCAAUACGACGCUUCAUCUACGAUUUCUUACUGUUCAACCGUUUCGAAUGCGAGUUCAUUUUGUAGUCCGAAUAAGAAGUCAGCAAUCAAUGUGAGAAAAAUGAGCGUGCAUGGAUCACCGCCACGAAGAAGACUUUUUGGAGGAACGCAAGGAUUUCGGGGAUCGCUAGGAUUCGGUACGUCCAGUCUACAGACGAGAAACAGGCCGAAAAUGGUGAAGUAUGGAUUCAGACAACUCAAAACAGUUACACAUCAUGAAAACAUUCUUGAAGAUAUGGCCUACCGAUUCAGAGAGAAUAGAUUGAUGUUUGCUGAGAAUGAAAGGGAUGCACUUAACAGCUGGUUCAGACAACCGUUUGGCAGAGUGACGUCUACUAAAAAGAACUUGACGUCCGCUAUCCCAGUCGAAGUGGUCAGUUACAAGCGCGAUUACGACAGGAAGUUCCGUCGAUAUACCUCUCUUGUUCGAUUCAUUGUGACAGACAGAACGAUGAAUGUUUGCGAUGCAUCCAUCGUCGUUCCAACUGGAGGAAACUUCCCUAGCAUGCCAAAAGAUUUUCAAUUGGGAGAUCGUUACAAAGUCGAGCACUACUCUUUUGCUACGGAUGUAAGUCGUCUCGAUUCUCUCGAAUUUUUAUUUAUUAUCUUCCAGAGAAUGUGUAGAUUCGGCGGAUUUGCGUAUGCUCUCAAUCAACUAACAUUCUAUCCGGAAACACCAUGGGAAAGUAUCAGCAACACUCGUACAAGAAGAAAUGAGAGAGGACACGAGUACUUGCAAUUCAAAACCAAUGUGAUUCGUCCAUGCACACCGGAAUUGCUAAGUGAUGUAUUCGAACUUUGGAGCUGUGAUCGUGUGCCGGGAUACGUUAUAGUUGAAAAGAAGCCAGAAUUGGUCAGUUCUAUGAAAUGCCUAGAGCCUAUGAACGCAGAUGUCGAAGAAGAACACGUCUAUUCUGCGAUGAUUGAACCGUUGGCAGGAGGUCCUAUGGAAAUAUCGAGCAUUAUAGAAAACUUGGACGAGGAUGAAGAAAGGAUGGGUUUCUUCGUGUUUUGGAGGCUUGUCGUUGAGUUCUCAGAAGUGGUUCCUACAGUUCCAGUGCCUCUGUUCGUCAGUAAAAAGGAGAGGUACAUUCCUCCGGCGAAUCCCCCCAUGAGGUAUGCCGGCACAAUCCCUGUCGAAGAUUACGGAAUGUGGAAGACGAUGCAUAUCAACUCAGUGUUGGCGCAAGAAAAAAUGGAUAAACUGAGAGCUCUUGGUGAUCCACGAAUCAAAAUGCUAGAGGGUCCAGAUCUCCAACCAGAAGUCGAAGUACGGAAGGUUGAUGUUGAUGUUCGAAGAGAUUGUAUGUUGAAAGCGAUGCAGGAUUUUCGCAAUCAUCUACCGGCUCUACAACGCGAUGAACUGUGUCUUUUCGUAUUUUAUGAUCAAUUCAUUGAUCAACUGAAGAAAUUGGAAGUUCUCACUGACAACUACCACCCUCAUCAAACUAAAAAGAGAAGCUAUUCGUUGGAAGUUGGAUUGAAUUAUCUCACCAAUAUCCUUCUCGAUGAAGAUUCAUAUAAAGCUAUGCAUGCAAUGAGUGAUCACGUUCCAUUGCUGACUACUCUGGCUGAGUGUAUAUCCAUGAAUACAACUUACAUCAAGAAGACGGAGCCUGCGAUGAAAAUGAUCAGAUAUUUCCGCAAGCACAAGCUGAGUUCCUUCAUGUGA